AUGCCCAUUCCCCCAAUCCACCGUCGCCAAGACUCAACAACAACAACCUACAACCCCCGUCCCUCAAUGCCCCAAAACACAUUCAACCAAACCCAAACCUUUACCCAAACAACCAACACGCAACCCCAUAUCCCCUCCUCAACACCCUCAAUGUCCCAAGCCAAAACCCGCCAAUAUGCCCACCUACACGCCCAACUGGCUCAGCUAAACGCUAACCUGGCUGAUACGGAGAACCUGCUUCGGAUGACUGCCGUCCAGGCUGGUGAUAUGCGUUUCUUGGGUGGGUAUAUGGGUGCGUUGUUUAUGGGGUCUGCUAAGAUUCUCGGAGAGGAGGGGGUUCGUGCAAAUGCCGAUUUAGAUUCGAGGGAUGGAGCUGUCAAGAAGGAGGGGGGUGAGGAUGAGGAGUGA